CUGUGGUUUUUUAAUAGGUCACAACUAUGGAUAUUUCAUCUAACAAAGAUGAGGAAGAAAACUCAAUGCAUAAUACAGUUGUCCUCUUCUCUAACAGUGACAAGUUCACUCUCCAUCAGGAUAUGUGCGUAGUCUGUGGGAGUUUCGGCCAAGGUGCUGAGGGCAGGUUGCUUGCCUGUUCUCAAUGUGGUCAGUGUUACCAUCCAUACUGUGUCAGUAUUAAGAUUACUAAAGUGGUGCUUAGCAAAGGUUGGAGGUGCCUGGAGUGCACAGUGUGUGAAGCCUGUGGGAAAGCGACAGAUCCAGGAAGACUGCUUCUCUGUGAUGACUGCGACAUCAGCUACCACACGUACUGCUUAGAUCCGCCCCUGCAGACAGUUCCAAAGGGAGGCUGGAAGUGCAAAUGGUGUGUUUGGUGCAGACACUGUGGAGCAACUUCUCCUGGUUUAAGAUGUGAAUGGCAAAAUAAUUACACACAGUGUGCUCCCUGUGCAAGUUUGUCUACCUGCCCAAUCUGCUAUCGCACUUACAGGGAUGAAGAGCUUAUAAUUCAGUGUAGACAAUGUGAUCGAUGGAUGCAUGCAAUCUGUCAGAACUUAAACACAGAGGAGGAAGUGGAAAACAUAGCUGAUAUGGGUUUUGACUGUACCAUUUGUAGGCCAUACAUACCACCAACAAACG